UUGAUCUGCUGAGUGGACUAAAGAUGGGGGAGCAAGGUGGUUGGCUGGAGGCUAACAGAGGAGACUGGGCAGCCAUCUUGGAUCCCCAGACCCAGACUGGUGCAGCCAAGGGCCCAGGGGAUAUCAUCACUGAGCAGGCCAGGACCAGAGGCGACAUAGUGGAGGUCAGUGGAUGGGACAGCGUCCUCAACUCUGGGCUGGGAAACAACAAUGUUAACCACAACCAGAAACUGACAGCUGAACACAAAACAACAACCGAACUUAGUCUCCAUGACAACAGACUGGCUGAGACCAGGGCGAGGCAUAGAUUUGGUCUUCGGGGGCAGGGAGGUGUCCGUAUGAGAACAGACACAGACUCGGUUAGCGAUGCUCCGUCCUGCUCCUAUAGUUGUGAUUCAGAGAGACUGAUGGCGCCUCAGGUAAACCCCCUAACAGAUGAUGCCUUCAGCCUGCCUUCUAUAGGAUCUAUCAACUGGAUUAUGGACCCUGCGUCAACACAGACACUCCCUGGCCUUCGUCCUCCUCACACUCUCCUGUUAAACCAGACCUCGGACAAUGCCAGUGCCUCAACACUAAAUGGCUGCACAAGCUCAUUGACAAAUGACAGUAGUAGUAACGCUAUAAGCAGAUCCGGUGGCAAAGAGAAGCGCUUCCCGUGUUCGUUCUGUGGGAAAGCCUUCAGUUUCCCCAAACAGGUGGAGAUCCACCAGAGGAUGCACACGGGGGAGAAACCAUUCGGCUGCCACCUGUGCCGGGCCAGUUUCUCUGACUCGUCCAACCUGAAGAGGCACCUGAGGGUCCACACAGGGGAGAAACCAUUCAGCUGCCACCUGUGCCGGGCCAGUUUCUCCCACUCGUCCAGCCUGAAGAGGCACCAGAGAGUCCACACAGGGGAGAAAUCCUACAGCUGCCCCAGUGUGAGAAGAGGUUCUCCCACCAGCACCAGCUGAAUAUGCACCUGAAGGUCCACAAGGGAGAGAAGCCGUUCGCCUGUACACACUGCGGGAAGAGGUUCUCAGAGAGGAGCUACCUCAGGAUACACACGGCCCAUAUAUAGAUUAUAGUGAUAUGUAGUACAUUUAUAUUAACAUUUCAGUCAUUUAGCAGAUGCUCUUAUCCAGCGCAUACAUUUUCAUACUUUAGUACUAGUUCGUUUGUUUGUAGGUAAAGUGUUACCAUAGUGAGCUAAGUUAUUCUACUUGUCAAAUGUGUAGUUUUGUGCAAUAAAAGUACUAUACUUCAA